AGUAACUCAAUUAAACCCCCUAACUCUAACUCACCUACUACACUUCCUCCUUUUACUGCUUCACAUCUUCAAUCUCUUUCCUCUCUAAUACUGCCCACAAAACCAUGACCAACCACUUUUCAGCCCUUCACCAAGCUUCAUCUCAACCGGUUUUUCGCCGGAAACUGUACACAUCCAACUCCAUCAAAUGCUGCGAGAACCCAAAUGUGAAUUUUAAGCCUACUGACAAUAAUGGGUUGGCCAGUUUCCCUGAAAAAAGACUUGCUACAACCUCAUCUACCAUCAAGCCUCCUCGGCCGCGCCGGAUAAUUCUGAUUCGCCAUGGACAAAGUGAAGGAAACGUUGAUGAGAGUGUAUACACAAGAGUGGCUGACCCAAAGGUUACACUGACAAAGAAAGGAUUGGAUGAGGCUGAGGAAUGUGGGAAGAUGAUAAGAGAGAUGGUUGAGGAAGAUGGAGCAGAUGACUGGAAGGUUUACUUCUAUGCUUCUCCAUAUAGAAGGACACUUGAAACAUUACGUAAUUUGGCUAAGUCAUUUGAACGCUCAAGGAUUGCUGGCGUGAGAGAAGAACCUCGUUUACGAGAGCAAGACUUUGGAAACUUUCAGAACAGAGAAAAAAUGAGGAUCGAGAAAGCUUAUCGUGCUCGUUAUGGUCGUUUCUUUUACCGGUUUCCCGAGGGGGAAUCUGCAGCUGAUGUCUACGAUAGAAUAACAGGGUUCAGGGAAACUCUCAAAUCAGAUAUAGACAUUGGGAGAUUUCAGCCACCUGGUGAACAGAGCCCCAACAUGAACAUAGUCAUUGUCUCUCAUGGUCUAACAUUGAGGGUGUUCUUGAUGAGGUGGUAUAAAUGGACAGUGGACCAAUUUGAAGGACUCCAUAACAUAGGCAAUGGGAAAAUGAUUGUUAUGGAAAGAGGCUAUGGUGGAAGGUACAGCUUAUUAAUGCAUCACACCAAAGAAGAGCUAAAAAAGUUUGGGUUAACAGAUGAAAUGCUGGAAGAUCAAGAAUGGCAAAAAAGGGCAAGGCCAGGUGAACUAAAUUAUGAUUGGGUUGAUGAACUUCACCGACUUUGAGGACGAGAACGCCAAACCGCCAGUCCAGAGACGAUCAUAUUCACCAUCGCGGCAAUGUAGUGAAAACUCUACGGGGGUGUUUGUUUGGGGGAUUGGUAUUACUGGGAUUGGCUAAUGUAUUUCAGGUACUUCCAACACCGUGGGCAGUUAAUCCCAAGCAUAAAAAUUAAGGCAAUUACAUCCCAUGUUUGUUUGAGCAAUAUAUUUUAUAGUGAGACCCGC